CUCGUCUGCUGCCGUCCAAAUAAAGUAACCGGUCGAUAAACGAGGAUUGUUGCUGAAAACAUUUAGUAACUUUUAGCAAUUUGUAUAGACAUGUUUUUUCCACUUUGUCGAAACUUUUCUCGAUCGCUUCGUGGUCAUCCGGAGGAACUGUUAGAAUUUAGUAAUCUUAGUAGGUAUCGCCACCUCAGUUCCGUUCCAUUUCAUCGCCUAACGCUUCUUGAAAACUACAAACGAAGACCACUGCUGUUGUCAGUUUCAUAUACUUUCAACAACCCAGGAUAUUCCUGCAAACUAAGAAGAUCCUUCACUCAACAGAAUUUUCAGUCAGAUGCAAAGGCAGAUGGUGCUAAAAAAGGCUCCAGCAAAGUUAAGUUGUUGAUUGUGGGAUUUGGCCUAGGAGCUCUAAUUGGCCUUGGGUAUGUCUAUAACAAAAAUGUGAGAAACAAGUUAGUUCCUAUUGCAAAUUUAGACUCAGACAAUAGCCUCUUGUUCUCUGAACCUCCACCCAUAGAUUUCAUUGCCAAGACGGUUAUAGGCUCUAGAGAUACCAAGAAUUUGCAGCUAACAUUGUUUCAAUAUGAACCAUGCCCUUUCUGCAAGAAAGUGCGGGCCUUCCUGGAUUAUACCGGUCUAUCUUACGAUGUUGUUGAAGUAAAUCCAGUUACAAAAAAACAACUUAGCUGGUCUGCAUAUAAAAAAGUACCAAUUGUUAUAGUUAAAGGAGAAGAAGGCUACCAGCAACUCAAUGACAGCAGUAUGAUCAUAUCAUCUUUAGCCUCCUAUUUGGAAGAUGACCUACAAGACCUUCAGAAAAUUGUCAAAUACUAUCCUCAAGUUGACUUUCAAGACGCUGACGGAAAAAAAGGUUCAGAAAUAAUGAAUCGGUACUUCUUGAUGUUUGGUGAAAAGGAACCGGCUGGACGCAGCAAGGAGAGCAUUGUGGAAGAACGUCGUUGGCGUAAAUGGAGCGAUGAUGUCCUGAUGCACACGCUAUCGCCGAAUAUCUAUCGAACUUGGGAAGAAGCCUUAGAAGCAUUCAAUAUGUUUUCUAAAAACGGUGACUGGGAGCACAUUUUUUCACCGUGGGAGAGGCAAAUGGUGAUAUACGUGGGUGCUGCCGUUAUGUAUGUCAUCGGCAAGCGCCUGAAAAAGCGCCAUAAUUUAAUGGAUGAUGCCCGCCAAUCCUUGUACAAUGAAGUCAACUAUUUUUUGACAGCUGUCAAUGCAAAAGGUACUCCCUUUCUUGGUGGGGAUGAGCCAAACCUUGCAGAUCUAGCAGUCUACGGAUGUAUCAGCAGCAUUGAUGGAACACGCACAUUUGAUGACCUCAUGCUGAAUACCAAACUAUCAACUUGGUAUGAAGCAAUUUUCCGUAUUAUAGAUAGUCGCCGAGGGAAAAUGUCAUUGUCGAAGUUGGCAAAUCACUGAGAACAACCUUUCUGUGUAGCCUUUUAGCAAAUAUAUUCACCGUUGUACAAAGAAGACAUACUUUCAGCAUAACCGGAAUGACAAACGCAGUCGUACGGAGAAUAUAUGUAUCAGCGUGCGAAAUGAAA